UAUUUCUUGUGUAAAACACGACACAGCAUGUAAUGAGCACAUUAACUAACUUCCUCUAUAAGUCGGUAUACCUUCUUUACAUCACCCUCGUCGCCAUAAUCUUCAACACAGCGCUGUCAACAAGUUGCGUCACCUUCGUCGCCAUAAGUCUCGACUAAAAGUAUAAUUAAUUAAAAUGGCUGUUAACAUUCCUGGUUUGAUCUCUGUGAUUGUGUUUUAUAUGUUAAUUCUUGGAAUCGGAAUCCUGGCGGCUAAAAAAGCCGUGCAAUCAACAACUGCUGAUGUUUUGGUGGCUGGAAGGAAUAUGGGACUUAUCGUUUCCUUCUUUACAAUGACAGCAACCAUUGUCGGCGGAGCCUAUAUUAAUGGAACGGCCGAAAUAAUGGCGUCAAGUGGAAUAGUUUGGACUCAAGGCCCAAUAGGAUAUUGUAUUGCUUUUUUUAUUGGUGGCAAUGUAUAUGCUCCACGUAUGAGACGAGCUGGAUAUGUGACCCUCUUUGACCCUUUCCAAUUAAAACUGGGAGACAGAAUCGGGGCAUUAAUGUGUAUACCCCAGUUCUUGGGAGAUUUGUUCUGGACAGCAGCCGUGUUAGCCGCCUUGGGUUCGUAAAGUGUUCAACAGUAUCUAUUAUAUUAGAUAUAGAUGAAACUAUAUCUAUUAUAAGUUCAGCAUGUAUAGCUAUAUUCUAUACAUUACUGGGUGGAUUAUGGUCUGUAGCAUAUACUGAUGUUGUACAACUUCUAUGUAUCGCCGUCGGACUUCUUGUAUCUGUUCCGUUUGCCAUGACACAUCCAUCUGUAGAUUUUAGUAGAAUUGAAUCAACUUGGCAAGGUACGGUGGAAACCACGGGUAUCGGAUCAUUUAUUGAUAUUUAUGGUAUUCUUCUCUUAGGUGGAAUCCCAUGGCAGGUAUAUUUUCAGAGAGUUCUAGCUUGUAAAACACCAGAAAGAGCCCGCCUAGCAUCGACUGUAGCAAGUGCAGCUUGUUUUCUAUUUGCUAUCCCCGCUGUUUUGAUGGGAGCAACAGGGGCUGCAGCAGACUGGAGUCAGACCGCUUAUAAUGGAACUAUACCAAUACCUGCAGAUAAGAUGAGUUAUAUCUUACCGUUAGUUUUACAAUAUCUCUGUCCUCUACCUGUCGCCAUUAUAGGGAUGGGCGCUAUAGCAGCAGCUGUCAUGUCGUCUGCGGACUCCAUCAUUUUGUCAACUGCAUCUGUGUUUUCCAAAAAUAUCUACCUUCAGAUGUUCAGACCUACGGCAUCUGAUAAAGAAACUAUCUGGGUUGUCCGUAUAGCUGUUAUCUGUGCUGGAGCCCUUGCCUGUCUUAUAGCCAUUGGAGCUGAAACAGUUUAUGGCUUGUACGUCAUGUGUUCAGAUCUUAUGUACGUCAUUCUCUUCCCACAAUUCACCUGUGUGUUAUUUAUAGAAGUUACCAAUGGAUACGGAUGUCUGGUCGGAUAUUUCAUAAGUGUAACAUUAAGGAUACUAGGUGGAGAACCCCUCAUCGGUCUUCCUGUUUUUUUAAAGUUUCCUUUCUAUUCUGAAAAACAUGGACAGAAUUUUCCAUUUCGUACUUUAACAGUGAUACUAAGUUUUAUAGCCAUUAUUUGUGUAUCAAAACUUACUGAUUUUGUAUUUACGGAGAAGUAUAUAUCCCAGAAAUGGGAUAAAUUAGGCUGUUCUGAUCCAGAAUAUAGGAAAAGACUCCAAAAACGAGAGGCAGAGACACAGCAGCAAGAGCUGAUGGCAGCAAGAGACAAACGAGAAACAGCAAAACAGCAGCAAGAGCUGAUGGAAGCAAGAUUCAAACAAGAAACAGCAAGACAGCAGCAAGAGCUAAUGGAAGCAAGGGCCUUAAAAGAAAAUCACGCAGCAGAUCCGUUGCCGCUUGACGAUUCUAAUGAAAUGCUAUCAUCGCAUCUAUAAUGUCCUUACUAGUAUUGCAGUUGAGGAAUUUGACGUUUUGAAAUUUGAGCGCUCAAUUUAGUUCAUAUUAAAUAAUAAGCAGAAGUGUUUUGAAAUACUCAAAGUGCUCACAUCAUUUGAAAGUUAAAGGGGAAGCAUUGUCCAAAUGGCUGAAGAAUCUCUCAGAAUCUCUCUUUCAUUUUAUUUUAGUUUUUAUACGUUUGUUUUAGUGUAACAUAUAUAUUGUAAUGUGUGUGGUUUAAUGUAAAUGAAAUUAUGAUGUAAACCCCUUCUGGGGGUGGGUGAGGGGGGCCGAGGGGAGGG